GGUCACCAGCUAUCAGCUGUCUCUUUCACUCUGAAGACAACGGAGGAGGAGGACUGAAAAUGUGCACCAGCGUCCAGCCCCUCGAAUGGACCUCUGACCUCAAGAACCAGAAUUUUGAUGGCAUCGUGUUGGUGACCGAGAGCCAUGACUCACUGUCCUCUGAGCUCGAUUGUCUGAAAGUACCACUGCAGGACUACAGCUCCGUGGACAGGGGUCUCGGGGAGGAGGUGGUGGUCCUGAAGGUCCCUGGUCUCCCUGGCAACCGCCUCGUGUUUGCCUCGACUGGCCCAGUAAACCGUGAUUACGAUGACGUCAGGUGCUUCAGUGACGCAGCACUCAACGGCAUCAAAAGGGCUUUGAAAGCCGGUAUGCAGCGCCCCCUGCUGGUCUGUCCUCCACACAAAGACUACAAGAACUGUAACAUUGUGGCAGCACUGGGAGCCCUUCAGGCUCUCUACAUGCCCCUGGAAGUGAGGGAAGCGAAAGUCAAACCAUCCGACCAGAAGGUGUGUGUUCUGGGGCUGUGGGCAGCCCAGGAGGCUGAGGGGAAGAGACUGAUGGAGCUGGCUGAUGCUCUGGAGAGUGGGAGACUGGCAUGUCGUGACAUCGGUGGCUCAGAUCCUGAGCGUAUGGCUGCUCCACGUGUGGCUGACUACGUCCAGAAGCUCUUCAAGGACAGCCCUGUGCAGGUGGAAGUGGUGAGCGACCUGGCAGUUCUGGAGAGAGAGUAUCCCUGUCUGGCUGCUGUCAACCGCUGUGCCAACUGUGUGCCUCGUCACCAGGGCAGAGUCAUCAAGCUUCAGUACUGUGGAGCAGGUCCCGUCACCACGACGCUCAUGCUGGUUGGAAAGGGCAUCACCUAUGACACAGGCGGAGCAGACAUCAAGGCCGGUGGAUUCAUGGCAGGGAUGCACAGGGACAAGUGCGGAGCUGCUGCUGUCGCUGGCUUCUUCCAGAUUGUAGCCAAGCUGAAGCCAAAACACCUGAAGGUUAUCGGCUCCAUGGCCAUGGUGAGGAACAGCGUUGGUGCAGAAUGCUAUGUGGCUGAUGAGCUCGUUGUUUCUCGCGCUGGUCGCAGAGUGAGAGUGGGAAACACAGACGCUGAGGGCCGUAUGGUGAUGGUCGACCUGCUCUGUGAGAUGAAGGAGAAGGCCAUAAAGGAGACUUCUCCUCAGCUGUUUACCAUCGCUACUCUGACUGGUCACGCCAUCAGAGCCAUGGGACCCAAUUACUCUAUCAUCAUGGAUAACGGCCCGGCCCAUCGUAACAACAAUGCUGCUCAGUGGCAGAAAGCCGGAGAGGUUUUGGGCGACGUGUUCGAGGUGUCCAUGAUCAGACGAGAGGACUAUGACUUCCACAAGGGCAAGUCUGAGUAUGAGGAUAUCCUGCAGUCUAACAACCUGCCUUCCUCUGCCACCCCUCGAGGACAUCAGACCCCAGCAGCCUUCCUCAUCAUGGCCUCUGGGCUCGACAAGCAUGGUGUGGAUUCUGGCACGCCUCUUCCUUACUCCCACGUUGACAUCGCAGGAUCCAGUGGUCCUUUCCCUGGUGUCCCAACAGGAGCCCCCAUCAUUACAAUGGCAACCAACUACAUCUUGUCUGAUAGUCUUUAAGCACAGUGUAAAAAGACUACGAGCACUGUACUCAAUCCCAAAGCAUAUUUGUAAUUGUCCAAGUGUAGAUGAAACUCCUGCCAAAACUUGUGAUACAUUCCUUACACAUCAGAUUACUUUUCUGCUACAAUAGUCUUUGCUUUUGUUUUCAAAAACUUAUGAUAUCCAUCCUAUCUCCACCAAGAGUCAAAUGAGCCUGUUUUUAAGUGGCCUCAAUCAGUAUAUGCUCAGGUUAAAGGCAGUUUGUAAAAUAAACAUCCUUUUUAUACAUCUCUGUAUGUGUAUGUCAAACUGGAGACAAGGUUGAGUGGCAAUGUGUGAAUCAAACUAAGCACUCCUCAUUUGAUCAAUUAAACAAAACAAGAAUUCAAAGUU